GACUCGAUGCCAGGUCAGGACGGGGUCUGAGGAGAAUUAUUAUUACGUCGUCGUCUCCUUCGCCUCAGACGGAUUUGCCUUCUGCGGACGGUACCUGCACGGUCCCCUGUCUUGUCUAUGUGACGGUGGAGUAUCUGCUGCUCGGUGAAUGACCUCGGAUCCUGCUGCUCGGUGAAUGACCUCACCUACUGCUGAUUCAUUGUUUAGGAUUCCCCAGCACCGCGCCGGCCGGGCAACGAAGAGUUAAAACAGCCGAGUGUUUUCGGGGUGACGUAAUCUGGAAGACCCCGCUGGAAGAUUUUCUUUUCCUUUUUCGCUGAGGGUGUCACUGACCCGGACGAUAGGAAACGUGAAACCUGAGACCCUAGCAGAGCAAGCAUGAAGAGACGGGGACCCUGAAUCCAUGCGGAGUGCCUGCGCUGGGACCACGGAGGACACCAUGACCCUGACGGUGCGGACCGCUCUGUUCUGCCUCUGCGCCCUCCACGUCACUGCCCACCCCAGGAGCUCCAAAUAUACAGUGAUUAAUGAGAACUGCCCAGGAGCGGAGUGGAAUAUCAUGUGCCGAGACUGCUGUGAGUAUGAUCAGGUGGAGUGUGUGUGUCCGGGAGGCAACAAGAAGGUGGGGUACACCAUCCCCUGCUGCCGGAAUGAAGACAAUGAGUGCGACUCCUGCCUCAUACACCCAGGGUGCACGAUAUUUGACAACUGCAAGACAUGUAACAAUGGAUCGUGGGGCGGUAUGCUGGAUGACUUCUACGUGAAGGGUCGGUACUGCUCGGACUGUCGUGUCGGCUGGUAUGGCGGAGACUGUAUGAGAUGCGGGGAGGUAAUACAGGCCGCCCGGGGAGAGAUCAUGUUGGAGAGUUACCCAUUUAAUGCGCACUGUGAAUGGAGCAUCCAAGUGUCACCGGGAUAUACCAUAGAGCUCAGGUUCGCCAUGAUAAGUAUGGAGUUCGAUUAUAUGUGUCAGUACGAUUACCUGGAAAUCCGUGACGGCGACAACGUGGACGCUAAAAUGAUUAAGCGAUUCUGCGGGAACGAGCGGCCGCCAUCCAUCCGCAGCUCAGGGAACUCUCUGCAUAUUCUAUUCCGGUCGGACGGGUCUAAAAAUUUCGACGGAUUCUACGCGACCUUCCAGGAAGUUACUGUCUGCUCCUCUUCUCCAUGUUUUCAUGACGGAACGUGCAUUGUGGAGAAAACGGGAUCCUAUAAAUGUGCCUGUCUGGCUGGAUAUACAGGAAAGCAUUGUGAAAGUGUUAUAGAGGAGAAGAGCUGCACAGAUCCAGGACCCCCACUGAAUGGAUAUAAGGAGCUAUCUGAGCAGGGGGGGUUCCCAUAUGGGAAUCGGGUCAAGAUAGGUUCCACCAUCCACUACUUCUGUAACAACUCCCAUGUCCUCAGCGGCAACCAGGAACGGAAAUGUCUGGAAACAGGUCAAUGGUCGGGGAAGCAGCCGGUCUGCAUUAAAGCUUGUCGGGAGCCCAAGAUCCCAGAUCUGGUGCGCCAGAAAGUGCUGCCAUCUCAAGUUCAGUCCCGGGAAACUCCUCUUCACCAACUUUACUCCGCAUCAUCGACGACGUUCACCAAGGAAAAGAUUGACAUCUACCCCACCAAGAAGCCGGCUCUGCCCCCCGGAGAGCUCCCUAAAGGAUACCAGCACCUUCACACCCAAAUCCAGUAUGAGUGUGCGUCUCCAUUCUACCGGCGCAUGGGAAGCAGCAGGAGGACCUGUCUGAAAACUGGAAAGUGGAGCGGACGAGCUCCUUCUUGCAUCCCGAUUUGUGGGAAGCUGGAAAACGUCACCGUCCCCCAGGUGUCGCAAACGCGCUGGCCGUGGCAAGCCGCUCUAUAUCGCAGAUCUAAUGGCGUAAAAGACCCCAACCUGAGGAAGGGCGCCUGGGUCCUGGUGUGCAGCGGGGCCCUGCUAAAUGAGCGCACGGUGGUGAUAGCCGCUCACUGCGUGACCGACCUCGGCAAGAGCACCAUCAUCAAGGUGUCAGACCUGAAAGUCGUGUUGGGGAAAUUCUACCGAGACGACGAGCGAGAUGACAAGAGCCUGCAGCAUCUACAUAUCUCGGCAGUCAUCUUACACCCUAACUACGACCCCAUCCUGUUGGACUCUGACAUCGCAGUCAUCAAACUGCUGGACAAGGCCAGGGUGAGUAACAACGUCCAACCGGUGUGUCUCACCUCCUCAUCCGAUCUUGACUUGGCCACACUGGACACCAAGAUCGUCACUAGCGGUUGGCGGAUCCUCUCCGACCCCAAAGCCCCAGGUUUCAAGAACGAGACCAUUCGUGCCGGGUUGGUGCUGCCAAUGGACUCCCUUCUGUGUGAGCAGCAGUAUGAGGAGAACGGGAUCGGCGUCAGCGUGACCGAAAGCAUGUUCUGUGCCAAACAGGCACCGGGCGCCUCUUCCCACAUAUGCCCCUCGGAGACUGGUGGUAUUGCUGUCGCUCUUUUGCCAGGAAAGGUGUCAUCUGAGAUCACUUGGAACCUUGUAGGACUGGUCAGCUGGGGCUAUGACAAGACUUGUCACCAGGAGCUCUAUACGGGGUACACAAAAGUCGUCACCUUCAAAGACUGGUUGGAAAAAAAUAUGAAGUAGACUUCGAGGAGAUGGCAUUUGUCUUCUAUUAUACCUGGGCUUAAAGGGGUACUCCACCCCUAGACAUCUCAUCUCCUAUCCAAAGGAUAGG